GAAAAUUCAGCGAGGAGAAGAAGAACAAGAAGAAAACAUUAGACUUCAAACCCACCCACACACACACACGCAGCAAAAAAAAAGUUCUCCGUCGGCGAAAAUUUCGCCCUAUUUCUCAAGUUUUUUACGUUUUCAUCAGCUGGGGGGGGGGGGGGGGAAGGAUUUGGGGGUUUUGGAGUGAGAGAGAAGGCCGAGGUUUUGGUUUCAAGGAGCUGGAGCUGUGGAAUUUUGUAAGUUUUGAAAAGAGGAUUCAAGUAGUUUCCCAAUUGGAGAUUCAUUUUGACGCUCAGUUUAGAAUUCCUUUUUCCAACAUUGAACAGUGGGCAUCUAUGAAGUGGGGGCAGAACUAAGAAGAUGCAUGGAAAUGAAGUAAUUUAUUGCAUUCCUAACUUGUGAGAAAUGACGCUUGACGACUUCUUCACCUUGACUGAGAUGAAUAAUGGACUUACGGCCCCUUCUCGUGUCAAGGAACUGGUGGCUGUCAUGCAGAAGGAAAGAGAUUGCGUUGCGAAAAAUCUCAGUGAAGCAACCCGACAGUGGUCUGCAGUUGCAAGUGCUAUAGCUGCUACUGAGAACCAGGAUUGUCUUGAUCUUUUUAUUCAGUUAGAUGGCCUACAGUUUAUUGGUAAGUGGUUGAAGGAUGCACAGAAGUUCAGUGAUGACUCAAGCGACAGCUUUUUGGAGGAGUCAAUUACUCAUAUUCUGCGAGCAGUUGAAAAACUGCAUUCAGAUGAUGAAAAACUGGCUGCGUCUGGGAUAUUGGAAACAGUCAAAGAUCUUCUUGUCCAUAAUAGUUCCAAGGUACAGGACAGGGCUCGAGUGCUAUUUGAAAGCUGGAAAAGGAAGAGAGAUGCUGAUGCAUCUAUUUCGGAUGCUGAAAAAAUUGGAGUUAUGACUGAUGUCGAGGAGGGGAAAAGUUCAGAUAUUGGGGGAGGCUGUGAACAUUUAGAAUCUUCUCAGAGAGAUGAUUCUCUAUGCAGAGAGACUUCCUGUAAAGAAGAGGGCCAGGAAUCGUCCAGAGAUGAUCAAGUGCUAUCUACAAGUUCUGAUGUUGUGCAUCCUGGCCAGCCUGGAAACACGGACAAAUCAGGUAAAAUUUCUAACACCACAGUUGGGCAUGAUGGACUUUUAGAUCAUGUUGGCUCACCCUCCGUACUGAAGCCUGCAAUGGAGCUUCCUGCAUGUCACUCAGUAGGUGCUACCUCGAUUGAGCCUUGUAAUCCAGCUGUUUCUAGACAAGAUACUCUUGAUGGUCAAAUGGAGUUCCAUGAACUGGAGUCAGCAAGUAAUAUAAAAAUUACUGCAAAGAUUGAAAGUUCACCAGAGAAAUUAGAAACCGGAGAAGAGUUCAACACAUCAGUAGACAGGCCCUUUCCUUCAACUUCUGAUGCUGCAGAUGCAAUGAAAUCAACAACAGAACCCAUUCCACAAAAAUUUUCUGUUGCUGGGGACAGAAGUUUGUCGCAUAAGUGUCCAUCAUAUACUGAUUCAAGGACAAUCAGCUCUGAUGGUAAGGUUUCUGCGGAUGAGAGUGGUUCUGCAAAUCAACGCCGAAGUUCAAGUGCUUUGGCUGCUGAAGAAGGGGGUGAAUUUAAGGAUAGCAUGUUGUAUAAACCAUCUAGCGGUGAGAAAAGUUGGGAAAACACUAAGGAGUUGGGGGCGUUCCUAUCAGGAAUUGAAAAUCAUGGAAAGAUCAACAAACUUCACCUGCAUGGAAGUGGUGCUGAUCGGGCAAAUGAUUAUAAGUUUUCCAAAAAAGUUAAAGGUAAAGACCCUGAUCGAUCUGGCAAGAAAUCUGAUGUUGAACUGUAUGGGAUUGUAGAUCCUCUAGAAGUUACUCGGCAGAUCGCCAUAGAAGUGGAGAGAGAGGUUGUGGAUUACAGAGAGCAAAGUUGCAGUUCUUCUGAGCAACUACCAGAAGGUAAUGUACAGCAGCCAGGUAGUCCAGACUCUGUGAGCGAAGAACAAUCCCAUGCCCACGACAGCUCUCAUAAGGAGGUGGCAAGUGGCUCAGAUUUGUCAGGUGAAGCUUCACCAAUGCAGGAAGAAUCUGCAACUAGCACUGAAGACCUAGAUGCUGAUCAAACAGAUGCCAAGCAAGAUAUCGGUAACUCUCAAGUCACGGAGGUGGCUCAAGAUGAAGCCAAGACGGAGAAAGGCCUUUGUGAUUUUGAUCUGAAUGAAGAAGUUUGUUCGGAAGAUGCUGAUCGUCAUGAGAAUCAAUUUAUGACACCAGUCUCUGUUGUUUCUGCUUCAAGAGCCGCAGCAGCUCCUGGACUACCUGUUGCUCCCUUGCAGUUUGAGGGGAAUCUUGGAUGGAAAGGUUCUGCUGCAACGAGUGCUUUCCGCCCGGCGUCACCUCGCCGAGUGCCAGAAAGUGAAAAGGACCUCUCCGCUGGGGGAAGCAGUAGCAGCUCAAAGCAACGACAAGGAUGUCUCGAUAUAGAUCUGAAUGUGGCUGAAAGUUUUGAUGGCAGAACAGGAGAUCUAUCACCAGAAAAAAAUGUUCCAUUGUAUUCCAGCCUUCCUUCUGGGGAAUCGUCUGCGGAAACAAAUCCAAGAAGAUCUGAACGACCCGAAUUGGAUCUGAAUCGUACAAGUGAAGAUGGUGGUCGCCCAUCAGAUUGGCAGAUGGGACAGUUUUUUCCACAAGGGAAUGACCACCACAGUCGCUCUCAUUCGUCUUCAUCAUCAUCUAAGCAGCCUUGGUUAAAGAGUAUAGAUCUGAAUGAUCAACCAUCUUUUCCGAAUGAUUCUUCUGGUUCUUAUUUAAGUAAGUUGUCCCAAAGUUUCAAUGUGUCUGGAGGUACAAAGACAGAUGACUCAGUAAUAUCCAUAAUGGGCACAAGAGUAGAGGUCAACCGCAAAGAUUUUGUUUCUCAAAAUUUGGCCAUGCCGAAUGGCCGACCUCCAGAGCUUGCAUUUGAUGUUAACAUGGGGAGAACGGGGAGCUUUUUGGGGUUUGGAUCUGUGCUUCCUUAUGCCCACUCUUCAGUUUAUGGUUACAAUAACAUUGCACCUGGCUCUGCUAUGCCUUUCUCUUCUGCGGUAUAUGGAUCUGGUGGACCCAUUCCUUACAUGGUGGACUCUAGAGGAGCACCUGUUGUCCCCCAGAUUGUGGGCUCUGCUUCAGCUUUGCCAGCUGGUUUCUCUCAAGCUCCCUUUUUCAUAAACAUGACCAGCCCCGCUCCUCCAAAUGGGGUUGCAGCUGUUGGUCCUUCAAGGAGCAGUUUUGAUCUCAACUCUGGAACGAUGGUAGAAGGUGGAUCUAGAGAUCCUGCGGGCUUUGCACAGUUUUUAAGCUCAGGUCCAGUCAGGGCAAUGGAUGAGCAGCUAAGGUCCAAUUCCCAACCCAGUAUCAGUUCAGUUGUAGGUGGGAAGCGUAAAGAACCAGAAAAUGGGUGGGAACCUUAUCCUUUUAAACAUUAUACACCUCCGUGGAAAUAGUCAAUUUAUCAUUUCCUGGGAUCAGACUAGGACCAAACAGAGCAGGCUAGCAGUUUUUAUAGCAUUAGUUGAUCUGAGGACAGUCAUGUAUUAACAUAGACGGGGAGGGAUUAAUAGAAACUAAAUAACGAGGGGAACUGCAGGUGUAAUUUGAUUCUUGAGAUAAGUUACAUGAGGAUAUACUUAAGCUAGGGUUAAUUGUUUUAAAGUGUUCUGAUUUCUUAGUUGCUUAUGCGUCGUAAACCACAUUUCAUAUUGUAGUAUUGAUCUGUUACAUUUUACUGAAUCAUUAAAGAGGAAAGGCUCUUGUAUAUAUAAUAUGCAUGUGGUCUUGUUUA